UCUUUGCUUUCAUUCUUGGCUCCCAUGGACACGGUCUCGGAGCACAGCAGGCCUCUCUGGGGAGGGCUGGAAGUUGGCAAGCUUCCUUUAUUCUCAAAACACGUUAGAGAUGUGGCCUCUUCCAGAGGGAUUGGUACCCAUGGAGUACCAAGGAGGCGGCAUUCCUAACCAGGGGACCCAGGAGGAAAGGGCAGAGCUUUCAAGUGUAAUCAGCCUUCUCCUAGCACCCCCCUCCAAAAGCCCUCCUCCCCCGCUUUACACAGGCUCACAAGUUUAAUGAAGGAAACAAGUUCAGCAAAGCAGACUUUGCCUGCUGUAGCCCAAGAAACAGGUUCUCCUGGUGAGAGGCUGGGUUUGCAGGUUGUCUGUGGUACCCGGAAGACCCUUCCUUUACUGUCUCCAACCUGCGAGGAAGAUGGAGAGAAACAUGGUGAGGGGACCUCUGUAUAAGCAGUUCGACUUAGAGAGAAAGGGUGCCAGGCAAGCUGAAGCCAGACUCAGCCUUAGACUGCAAAGGCUCGAGGUCAUCUGCCUCUAUCACGUGAAGUCGCUCGCCAGGGAGCAGAGGCAGCUUCAGAGAGAACUGCAGCGCCUGCAGCAAGCAGAUAUCGUCAAGAAAAGUUUCUCUUCUUAUGUGGGGCGUGAAAUUCAGAAGAGAUCGGAAGAGGUCACCACAUUCUCGCCACAAACAGGACGGAGGCACACAGUCCUGGAGCCUAAAAUUAGAGUACUGAAAACCAAUAUUACCCAAGAAGUUAAAAAUAAGAUUCGGGUGCCCUCUUUACAUGACCCUGCCCUCAAAGAUGCCCCGAGAAGCCAAGAGCGCCUUCCAUCUCAAAACGAGAGAACCAGACGCUGCAAGGAAGGGAACUCACAAGCCCGGAAGGGAGAGGCUGCAAAUCCACUCAAGGACACGGAGCUCAGCAAGGACGUCUCUGUCCCAUGUCAUGACCAAGAGGUUUCCACCGACAAGGCAGAAGACAGCUGCAUGUCCAGCUCAGACGGCGAGAGAGGAUCAGCAUUGGCUGAUGAGAUCAGAUCCGAAAAUGCCAAUCGAAAGCCACAGGGCGAUGCUGGGGUACAAAAUCCCCCCAGCUCCGUGGACUAUGCAGGAAGCGUCAAAGAAGAGCGCACAAAACCAACCUUCCUAGAGCUGUUCGAAAAGGCCAAAAAGGCCCACUACCUCCGCCACAGGGUGCCGCCCGAGUCUGAGAGAUUACUUAGCAUCGGGGAGAUAUUUGGCCACAGAGACUACUCACUACCCAGAGCAGGGGGAAAACUGUAAGAAUGGUGCCAAGUUCCUUCCUCUCUGGCUGUGUAAUGUCGCCUGGCCAGAAGAUAAUCUCUAAUCACUAUGGAAAUGUGACCCUUCAAAUAGCUGUCAUAGCGAUGCACAGAAAUAAACAGAAAUGCAUGACAAACUUCUUUGACAACCUCAGGGGCCCCUGCCUUUUUAUAUGGUCUUUCUCUUAAUAAGCAAGGAAAAGAAAGGAGAGGGAAAAUAUUGUGAAAAUAUUUUAAGUCGUGAACUUGGGCUUACUUGGAAGGAGAUCUCGUUUGCCGGAAGGUCGGUCCUGUGUAGGGGGGGGGGGGGGGGGGGACGCUUACAGUGCCAUCUGCUGGCCAAAUGGCAUAGCUAUUUGCCUGAUUUCCUUUCUUUGAGGUUUUGUAUGGGAACCCAACUGAAAUCCUGUACAGUGAGUGACAAGGAGGUUUCCAAAUAAAACCUGUUCUUUCCACA